AUGGAGUACAUAAGAGCUGGCCGGUUCUUCAGAGAAGCGAGAGGACGAAUCAUUAGACCACAAAGACUGCGAGCCAGAGACCGCGAGCCAGAGACAAACGAGGCGGUCAGGCCCAUGGACAGCCCAGCCACCCCCGCCACUCCCACCAGCACGGCAUCGCCCAUGCUGCACCCCUUCGCCACGCCGACGCCGUGCAAGGCCGACGGCUGCGAGGCAUCGUGCCACGCCCCCUACUGCCCCGACCACGCCUGCCAGGGCCUGGCGGCCGACGCGCCAUGUAGCGAGCCCGCCCAGCCCGGCAGGACACACUGCGCCCGCCACGUGUGCAAGCUGCCCGGGUGCCGGGACCUGUGCGAGGACCCGGCCCUGGCCGCGCGCGGGCGCGAGGCCUGCCACCGCCACCGCUGCGUCGACCCGGUCUGCGCCAGCCUGCGCGACGCCGCGUCCGGGAGCCGCUACCACUGCCUGCGCCAUGUGUGCUGCGUGCCGCGCUGCUGCGAGCCCGUCGACGGGCCGGGGGGCGUCGAGAAGUACACGACGGCCUGCCGCGACCACACGUGCGUGUUUGCCGACUGCCACGCCGGCGUGGCCGACGAGUUUGACCGCCAUGGUGAUGGCCACGACAGACACGACGAAGACGGCGGCAGCCCGCAACUGUGUCCCAAGCACCGUUGCCGCUUUUUAUCCACAGCCGACGACUGCGACGCCGACGAUCGCGGCAGCUACCGCAACAUGCAACUGCAACUACGCCGCCACCCUUCCCAGCCGCGCCAGGCCCUGCCGGAAACGCAGUGCCACCACCCCGUGGCCGACGCGCGCGCCAGCUUCUGCGCGUCCCACGCGUGCGCCCACGAGGGCUGCCUGCGCAUGGCGUCGCCCGGGGCCGGCGACCGGCGCUUCUGCAACCUGCACGGCUGCAAACGCUGCGGCGGCGCCAUCCCGGCCUGCACGCCGGCCCAGCCGCGGCGGUCGGCCCAGUACUGCGAGGUGUGCCUGUGCCGCAACAAAAAGUGCCGCUCGCCCCGCCUCGUGCUGCCGCGCCGCUACCACGACCCGGCCCCGGCCUGCCCGCCCGAGUACUGCGCCUGGCACGACACGUACUGGCGCUGGUGGCGCGCCGCCUGGGACCAGGGCUUGGCCGCGGCGCGCCUGAGCAGCGACUCGGCCGACUCGGCGUCGUCCGAGGCCCGCGCCCGCCGCAUAGCCGAGGAGAUGACGAGCGGCGGCGGCGACGGCAGGGACUGGACGGCGACCGAGUGCGGCCGGUCCGGCUGGGACGCGGGAUGGCGGGCGGGAUGGGCCUACGGGCGCGAGUGCGAGGUGCCCGACUGCGGCGCCGAACGCAACCGCGGCAGGGGGCCGUACUGCGGCUCCCACGCGUGCGAGGUGUUUGGCUGCCGGGCGCAGCGCGCCGGAGACGGGUACCGCUUCUGCAUCGCGCACGAGGCGGCGGCCGAGUGCGACGACCACGCGCACGACGAGUACGUCGACGACGACAUGGUGGCCGUGUGCGACGGCGACGCCAGGGAACAGGCGCGGGCCCGGGAGUCGAUGGACGGGCUGCCUGGGGACAUGGGCGGAGGAGUGACGAUAUCGGUGCGAUGA